CGCCUGCGGUGCGAACGUGGCGUCCGCGACGCAGGGGGGACUUCCGGCGCGCCGCGCCACGUGUUCCGCACCGGAAGCGCGCUUCCAGUCGCCCCGGCAACAGCCGCCCCCCUCGUGUCCCCAUUCCCCCUCUGUGUCUCCAAGGAAAACCAGGCCCCUGCUCGGCCAACGCCCAGGAUCCGCAAGCUGCGCGCCCACGAGCUCCACCAGCCCAUUCGGAGAAAAGUUACUGUUCAGUCCCUGAAGGCUUGUGCCAUAAAAGAGUGGGAGACGUUCCCAGGGAGGUGAGGAAUGAAAGAUCGAAUUAAAGACCAUUAAAGACCGAAGGGCGUCUAAAUCUGCAGCAACCAUCAACUCUCUUUUCUUUGAGAGGUAUUUCGACACCCAUUUGGACUUUCACAAUCGGGGAUGGCAGCAGUGAAGGCAUCAACAUCGAAAGCUACCAGGCCUUGGUAUUCUCAUCCGGUAUAUGCAAGAUACUGGCAACAUUAUCAUCAAGCAAUGGCUUGGAUGCAAAGCCAUCACAAUGCCUACAGGAAGGCCGUGGAAUCCUGUUUCAGUCUUCCAUCGUACUUCCCUCCUGCACUUCUUCCCCAAAGCUCUUACGAUAACCAGGCUGCGUAUCCUCAGUCCUUCUAUGACCAUCAUCUGGCCUGGCAGGACUACCCCUGCAGUUCUUCACAUUUCGGAAGGUCUGGGCAGCAUCCACAUUACAGCAGUAGGAUCCAGGCAUCCACAAGAGAAGACCAAGCUUUGUCCAAAGAAGAAGAGAUGGAGACUGAGUCAGAUGCAGAGGUAGAAUGUGACCUGAGCAAUAUGGAAAUCACCGAAGAGCUCCGCCAAUACUUUGCAGAGACUGAGAGGCACAGAGAAGAACGACGGCGGCAGCAGCAGCUGGAUGCAGAGCGCCUGAACAGCUACGUAAACGCUGACCACGACCUGUACUGCAACACCCGCCGGUCGAUAGAAGCCCCAACUGAGAGGCCUGGUGAGCGGCGCCAGGCCGAGAUGAAGCGUUUGUACGGGGACAGCGCUGCCAAGAUCCAGGCCAUGGAAGCUGCGGUGCAGCUGAGCUUUGACAAGCACUGUGACCGAAAGCAACCCAAGUACUGGCCGGUCAUCCCCCUGAAGUUCUGAGCUCGGGGCACAGGGCACCCAGCCUCUCCCUCUUCCUUUUGGGUGCAUGCUCUUCAUCUAUCCUGUACAUUUCUUAGGGAAAGGGGACUUUGUACUGGGGCACAGGCAUGUUCACCACAGUCCCAGUGGGCCUGUCACGGGGUGGAUGUACUAUGCCAGCCGCUUGGAGGUCUGCAGCACAUGUUCUGUUGCCAACAUGAUAAAUUUUCUCCUGACAUAAAAAAAUUUUGUAUAUACUAUACUGGUUUUUUAUGUUGUUGGUAACAGUUCAGUUCAUUAAAGUUCUUGCCUAGAGA